AUGGACUCCUGGGUGGAACUUGUCAAGGCUGGAACCAUCAAGCUCAUGAUAACAGUGCUGUUUGGAGGCGUACUUUGCAUUUGCCUAAAAGCAUGGGAAGGCUUUCGCUCACCUGUUGCGCUGGAUGACUAUCAAGUCCGGAUCUUCAACGCUCUCACUAUUGCGAUCUCGAUCUGCCUGGGUCUCAACCUACUAGCAUCGCUAAGACGAUACGCUGUGAUUCUUCGCUGGUCGAUACUCACUAAACAUUACGUAUCGGUGGAGGCUUUCGAUCUUAUUCUGGGAAUUGAUGAGCUGACGAAUGUUGCUAAACUGAUGGUCUUAUCUUUGCCGAGUCUACGCAGACGCAGGUGGCUUGUCGGAAAAGGCCAAAGUCAUGAAGACAUGAGGCCUGGAACAAACCACUGGUUCGGGCUCGCAUGUUUUGUGUGGCUGCUCAUCAAUGUCGGAAGCCAGGUUCUCGUUGCCUCGCUUAGUCUGUUCUGGCCGAUGCAACCGUAUGUAUGUCCACUCGCAGAAUAUGGCAAAGUGGCUGUCGCGGAUCUAUCAAGCUGGGUCGACAAACCAGGCUCUGUAAGUCCCCGAGAGACAGCUUGGAGGUUCGGCAUGGACGCACAGUCCUGGCCAUCGUUUCGCGCAAAUGAAUCAUUCAAGGAUCUCUCAAGCCUGCCUGGCACGCCGUUGUACAGAGGCGAUGCUUACUACGAAUAUCGCUUCUUCUACCGAAACCCAGAGUCCCCAUAUAGCGAUUAUGUGCAGAGCGAUCGCUGCAUACAGACCAGGGCAACCUGUGAUGAGUAUGACGUCAAGGGAGGCAUUCAAACCAAGCCGGUUCGGCAUAUCGUUGCCAAGCUACAUGGUCAGGAAACAUGGGAUAACGUUUCCAUACCCAUAAACGGGUACGGAAUGAUAUCCUACAUCACGUUUGUUGAAGGCUGCGGACCCCGAUGUUCGACAAUCACAGUAUUCCAGAACGAAGACGAAGAAGACGCGAUCGACAAAACCGUCACCAAGACUUCCUUGUGGCGUUGUAAGAACACAGUCCACCCGAUCUGUCAAACAGAGGGACAGAGUCAUGCUGGCAUCGAUCCUAACGAUCAGCGUAUCUUUAGUGACGAUACAUUCGCUAGUCUAGCAGCUGGUGCCAUCGGCUGGACCGGACUUAAGCAGUCAGGCUGGGGCGAUUUGCAGUUUCGUCUAUAUCCACAGGGCACACCUUGGUCUCCAAGAGAGAACGUGAACACCUCUACGGUCGAGGACAUCAUCAUGCGAUUCACAAUCGGGGCAAUAGCUGCUUUCGAUGACCAUGGCAUCCGGCAUAAUAUCACGAUCAACAACAAGGUCUGCGACAAGAACAGCCAGCAGCUCAACGUUAGUUGGCGGUACGUAUCGAGUAUUCUGGGCACCAUCGGAAUCAUACAGUUCGGCGCGUUGUGUUACCUGCUCGCAUGCGCAAACCGAACCAUUGUUCGAGAUGCGAGCUUCUUCAGCACAGCAAUGCUUCUGAAACCCGUUCUCGAUCUCUUAGGAAACGAGCAAGGAGCGGUGGCGAUGAGCGGAGACGAGAUCAAGGAUCACCCCAAGUUGCGAUACAGAAGGAUUAGGUAUGACUAUGAGGAAGGACGCAAUGGUGGCCCUAAGAAAGUUACGAUUUCUUUUCAGCACAGAGAGAAGGGGCAUAACAGGAAGAAGUGGCCAUCUGGCGAGUACAGGUGA